UGUUUAGUUUGUCGUACGAAUUUUCCACGCAAGUCAUUCAAACCCCAAUGUUUCUUUCUCACCAGAGGCGCCACCAACAUCAAGAUAGAAACUUUGGACUUUUCUUGGUUUCAGAGGCCCUAUUUAUCACUCCUCCCUCUUCACUUCACCAAUUCAUUCUUUCUCUCUCGGUCCUCUCACUGCAAUUCUUUUCUAUCAUUUCAUCCCUUCUCAGUUACCACCUCAUACGCACCAACCAUCUUCAAUUCAACGCUACUUUCCAAUCGGGAGGAGUUCCUAACAUGACUACUGUACCUACUGCUGAUCUAACUGAUGCAAAUACAGCACAUGUAGGAAAUGGUGAUUUGAGGGUGCUGCAUCCAGUGUUCAGGGUUUAUGGUCAGAUCACGUCGUUCUCUGGUCCCAUUGUAACUGUGAAGGUGUUUGAAGACAACGUGUUGGUGAGGGAAGUUCUUGAGACGAAAGGGGAAGGAAGAGUGUUGGUGGUUGAUGGAGGGGGAAGCUUGAGGUGUGCUUUGGUGGGAGGGAAUUUGGCACAGAUAGCAUAUAGCAACGGGUGGGCUGGAAUUGUGGUGAAUGGAUGCGUUAGAGAUGUGGAUGAGAUCAAUGCAUGUGGCAUUGGCGUCAGAGCCUUGGCUUCUAAUCCACUCAAAUCCAACAAAAAACGCACUGGCGAAAAGAAUGUCCCUGUUUACGUUGGGGGAACAUUUAUUCGGGAAGGAGAAUGGUUGUAUGCAGACAAUGACGGCAUCCUCAUAUCAAGAUUUGAGUUGUCAAACUAAAAACGAGGUUAAAUAUUGUUGCCAUUGGGAUGCUUUAUCAUGAUAAGUUUGGUUUAAUUUGUGAUGGUAGGUGGAAAUGCUGUGUGUGGAUAGUAUAAAACUUAAUUUAUUGCGUGAACUGUUUAUCUCUUCAUUGUUUGGAGUUAUAUUUCUUACUGAAGGGUGGAAAAAAAAUAUUACUUUGGGGCAGAAUCAUCCCUCGAUAUCUAAAGAGAGUGAGUUCAAUAGUAUGUGUAAAUAAUAUCAUUACUCUUAAUGAAACAGCAACUGCUAUUUCAAAUUA